UUACUUUUUAUCUAAAAAAUAUGUACUAGUUUCCGCUUCGGGCCAAUCAGACAGGGCAACCGCUUCCAGCAGGAUGGAGCUGAUUGUGAUUUUGGCCAUUGUGGUUGCUAUUUACGUAGUGCUGCUGUUUUUCGAUGGAUUUUUCAAAAGCUGCAUGCAUUACCCUUAUGAUGCCUUCCUGAGAGGCACCGGACUGACGGUUAAAUUCCUACGCCUACAGUGGCACACGACGGCUCUAAAUCGAUCUAUCGUCAAGUGGAGCACCAAGUAUCCAAAGAUCCUCGAGUGCAGCUUCAACAUCGGAGUCUACUGCAGCCUAGUACUGAUGCCUUUUGCCGUCGUGAUGAUCGUCAUAUCUUCUUUCCACACAAACGCUCACCGCCAUUCGGCACGUGUUACCGCACCCGCUGCUGGCAGUGCCGGAGCGGACGCCCAUCACGACCGGCGAACGGUGGAAAUUGACUUGCUAGUGCCGGGAGUCAAUCUUCCACUGAAUGAAAUCGGCUACUACAUAGCUGCCCUAGCCAUAAACAGUGUUGUGCACGAGCUUGGCCAUGGUUUGGCAGCGGUGCUGGAGGAUGUCCAAAUAAAGGGAUUCGGAAUACACGUGCUAUUGAUCAUCCCGAUGGCCUACACACAGCUCGACUCGGACCAGCUGAAUACGCUUAAAGUGUGGAAGAAGUUACGUGUCAUGUGCGCCGGCAUUUGGCAUAAUUUGAUCCUGGGACUGAUCGCGUACCUGCUUUUUAUUGCAACGCCCGCACUCUUUUCCGCCAUUUAUCGCACCAACGAUGCCGUCAUAGUGACGUCGAUGAAGGAUAAUUCUCCGUUAGGAGGGACUCGCGGCUUAGAGCAUGGUGAUAUCAUCAAAUCGAUCAAUAGCUGCGAGAUCCAUCACGAGGAUAGCUGGUUCGGUUGUUUGCUAAAAACGAUUCACUUUCCACCGGCUUAUUGUGUUUCGACGGAUUUCGUACACCUCAACGACGAGUCCGUACCGAUGUCGCACAAGAACGAUGGUUUGAUCGAGUGCUGCGAUAGCGAUAAUACCGCGUCCAGCUGCUUCGAGUAUAUGGUCGAUGCAAACGAGGACGACGUUGCGUUACCACAGCACAUGUGCCUCAACAUACGAAAAACGAUCGAGAACAGCUUCGGCUACUGCCAGAACAAUGGCCAGUGUUCGGAGGGGCAUUGCUUUAAGCCGAGCAUCAACAACUACACCACUAUCAUGCAGAUUCGGCGCGAAUCGAAACCGGACGUGAUCUACAUUGGCCACCCAGCGGACAUCACGCGCACGGUGACGGUCUCACGGUUCGUACCCAAGACGCGCCUUUUUGCACCCCGGUUUGCCGACUCAAUCCAGCUGCUGCUCAAGUAUGUGACCGUGUUUGCGCUCGGCCUGGCGUUCAUCAAUGUGAUGCCGUGCUAUGGCUUCGAUGGGCAGCACAUCGUCAACACGCUGCUCACGGACGGCACGAUUCAACAGCGCAUCCCCCAGAAAAGCAAACGUGACAUGAUUUCGCUGGUCGUCAACGUCAUCGGCACGUUGUUCGUUUUUAUACUGCUCAUCAAAGUGUUUUGGCUAUCGCUCCAUCGGGUCAUGUCGGUUUGAAGUGGAGCACAAUGGCAACACCUACGCCAUAUGACAUCGAAUUCCAUUUAUGUAGGAAAUUCAUUUUGCUAAACUAGCUGUAGGUACCAUAUAUUAGAAUGUAUGUCGAUAGUUUUGUAGGCAAACAAGUUUAACAAAGUAACUUUAGUCACACACACACACACACAGUGGUAUUUGCAUGCUAGAAGAAAGCUAACACUGACUACAAUCAUUUAUGAAUGGAAAAUAGUGUAUUAAAAGUAAUCCUAUAAUAAACGCGAUCACAG